CCCCCUCGGCGCCGGCGCUGGUCGUGACUGCGCGCGCAGGGCCUGAGCGGGCGCCGGCGGGAAGGGGAAGCGGCGGGGUAGGACCAGAUUAUGGGCAGUAGUCCUUUUAAUUAAUCUGUCAUCAUGGCUAAUGAGGACAGUCCCAAGGCUGGUGAUAGUCCAUUUUCAUCAGAUAAACAUGCCCAACUCAUCUUGGCCCAGAUCAAUAAAAUGAGGAAUGGAGAGCAUUUCUGUGAUGUACAGCUGCAAGUCGGGAAGGAAACUUUUAAAGUUCAUCGGCUGGUUUUGGCUGCCAGUAGUCCUUACUUUGCAGCUUUGUUCACUGGAGGAAUGAAAGAGUCCUCAAAAGAUGUUGUACAGAUUCUAGGAAUUGAAGCUGGAAUCUUUCAAAUACUUCUAGAUUUCAUUUAUACAGGUAUAGUGAACAUAGGUGUGAAUAAUGUCCAGGAGCUGAUUGUUGCAGCAGACAUGCUACAGUUGACUGAAGUUGUUAACCUAUGCUGUGAAUUUCUGAAAGGACAAAUUGAUCCAUUGAACUGCAUUGGGCUCUUUCAGUUCUCUGAGCAAAUUGCCUGCCAUGAUCUUUUGGAAUUCACAGAAAACUACAUUCAUGUCCAUUUUUUGGAGGUUCACAGUGGGGAGGAGUUCCUGGCGCUUACAAAAGAUCAACUAAUCAAAAUUUUGCGAAGCGAAGAGCUCAGUAUUGAGGAUGAAUAUCAGGUCUUCUUAGCUGCAAUGCAAUGGAUUCUGAAGGACCUGGGAAAAAGAAGAAAGCAUGUGGUAGAAGUGCUAGAACCAAUUCGAUUCCCUUUAUUACCUCCUCAGAGGCUUUUAAAGUAUAUAGAAGGAGUAUCCGAUUUUAAUCUUCGUGUUGCAUUGCAAACACUUUUGAAAGAGUACUGUGAGGUGUGCAAAUCUCCCAAAGAGAACAAGUUUUGUAGUUUUCUGCAGACAUCUAAAGUUCGGCCUCGGAAGAAAGCAAGAAAGUACCUAUAUGCAGUAGGUGGAUAUACUCGGUUGCAGGGGGGUCGUUGGAGUGAUAGCAGAGCCCUCAGCUGUGUAGAACGUUUUGACACCUUUAGCCAGUACUGGACCACUGUGUCUUCACUUCAUCAGGCUCGAUGUGGGCUGGGAGUCGCAGUUCUGGGAGGGAUGGUUUAUGCUAUUGGAGGUGAAAAGGAUUCGAUGAUUUUUGACUGUACUGAAUGCUAUGAUCCAGUUACUAAACAGUGGACAACUGUAGCUUCAAUGAAUCACCCCCGCUGUGGCUUGGGAGUGUGUGUGUGUUAUGGGGCUAUCUAUGCUUUGGGUGGAUGGGUUGGAGCUGAGAUAGGGAACACCAUUGAACGAUUUGAUCCUGAUGAAAAUAAGUGGGAAGUAGUUGGCAACAUGGCUAUGUCACGCUACUACUUUGGGUGUUGCGAAAUGCAAGGUUUAAUUUAUGUAAUUGGGGGCAUCAGCAAUGAAGGAAUAGAGCUUCGUUCUUUUGAAGUAUAUGAUCCACUUUCUAAGCGUUGGUCUCCACUUCCUCCAAUGGGAACCAGGAGAGCAUAUCUUGGUGUGGCUGCACUCAAUGACUGUAUCUAUUCUGUUGGAGGGUGGAAUGAGACACAAGAUGCUCUUCAUACUGUAGAAAAAUAUUCCUUCGAAGAGGAAAAGUGGGUUGAAGUUGCCUCAAUGAAAGUGCCUAGAGCAGGCAUGUGUGUUGUGGCAGUCAAUGGGCUUCUGUAUGUUUCUGGAGGUCGAUCUUCCAGCCAUGAUUUCUUGGCUCCAGGUACCUUGGACUCAGUUGAAGUUUAUAACCCUCAUUCAGAUACAUGGACAGAAAUUGGUAACAUGAUCACCAGUCGUUGUGAAGGAGGUGUUGCUGUACUAUGAAAUAUAAAGCAUAAGGGAGCACAAGAAACAUUUUGAAAAUACAGGAUCUGACUCUGCAAAUCACACAUGUAUUUGGUGAUAGGAUCCUCUGAUUCUAUUGAGUUUUCCAUGUAUUUGGUAGAUAAAUGACUAAAGAAUGAUUUUUCUAAGAAUUUGUGUAGGGAGAGAUAUGGAAUAUAUCCUAAAUUAAUAAAGAACUCACACAAAUUUGCCAAGCUUACCAAUAGGAAUGCUGUUUAUGCUCUGGAAUUCUCCUCUUGGGGGUAGAGUCCUAUUUGUAAAAAUGAUUUGCUAGAAGCUUCUUGGCAAAUAGCCCCAUUAGCUGCUUCUCCAGUGUCAGCCAAGCUGUAACACGACCCUUAUGUGAUGUAAGAAUAUCAAUGAGACAGUUUAAAGAUGUCUGUACAUUCAUGAUUCAGUCUACGGCACAAUUUUCCAUGGCCACAGUUGAACCUACAGAGAAAGCCAGUGAAACAACUCCCUACUUUUAUUUGUUGCCAGGAGUUUUCACUAGCCCCGAACUUUUUAUUGGCAGCAGGUACACUGGGAGGGACAUGUGGGAAAUAUCUAGCUAUCUCUAUAGAUGUUUAUAUAGAUAGAUAAGUUUUUGCCUGUUAACAGGAUUAAAAAAGCUUUUGCUCUCUUACAUUUUUUGUCUUAAUGCUGAAAAUGCAAGUGAGGAAUUACUGGAGGUUCUUAGUGACAGUCCUUUAGUGCAAUUGGAUGAUACAAUGGAUGACAGAGCCCAGUGAGAGAUAUGUACCUCUUAAGUUUCUUUCCUAUUUUCUUUUUUUUUUUUUUUUUAAGA